GACCUGGAGUGGUGAUUUAUUCUCUCGGUUUCACUGGGGACGCUGGUGCUCCCUGCCCGCCUGCAGGAAUUCAGCUGGCAGCAGCCAAAUGAGAGCGGGACUGAGCGCUGCUUAUACCAAAGGCUCUUCCCAGCUGCACGACGCUUCGCCUGAAAGCCCAAGCAGCCGCUCACGCUGAAGGGAGUGUAUUUGUCUGCCAGGGAGGAGAAGGAAGGCAGGGUGGGUCCGGUUCCCUCCCGGCCUUGGUGUGAUCUCCAGCAUCACAGGGACGACAGCGCGUCCACGGAGCUGAGAGUGCUCAAGCCCUCGUGCCUGGGAAUGCGCUUGAGUCUAACCCCCCAGCAGUGUGGACUUCCCUUUGCUCCUGCUGGACAGGGGCUGAGAAAGAGUUUUAAAUGAUGGUCGCAAAAAAAGGGGAAGGUUGGUCAAAGAGGAGGAGGAUCGGGUUGGGGUCAAGUAGGGAGCAUUCCAAUAUUUCCAUGAGACAGAUAAGCCAUUCCUCUAGGUGCAGUGCGAUCAUUGCUCGCUGAGGUCCUGCUGGUGUCAAGAGGGCUCUGCAGCUCCCAGAAGAACAGAGCACUCAGAAACUCCCCUGAUGUCUGACCUGGAGUUUGGUGGCAUGUCCAUAAAGGAGGUGGAAAUAGACGGCAAGUACAAACAGCCGCAGCCUCACUGGUUCGAGCUGUAUGCCCAGCCCUGCGUGGCCGAGCUCCUGGGGUCGGCGUUGUUCAUCUUCAUCGGGUGCGCGUCGGUGAUUGAGAACGUGGACAGCACGGGGAGGCUGCAGCCCGCCCUGGCGCAUGGGUUGGCUCUUGGGCUCAUCAUCGCCAUUUUGGGAAACAUCAGCGGUGGCCAUUUUAACCCAGCUGUCUCCUUGGCCGCGUGGCUGAUUGGCGGGCUGAACAUCAUGCUGCUCAUCCCUUACUGGAUCUCCCAGCUGUGUGGGGGGCUGAUCGGAGCUGGCCUGGCAAAGGUUAUGACAGCAAAUGACAGAUACAUAAACGCCACUGGAGCGGCUUUCACUAGCAUCACAGACGACGGGCAGAUCCCCUCCGCCCUUGUGGGUGAGAUUGUCAUGACCAUGUUCCUGGUCUUAGCCGUCUGCAUGGGAGCCAUCAAUGAAAAAACCAGCAGCCCUUUGGCACCUUUCUGCAUUGGUUUCACUGUCACCGCUGACAUCCUAGCUGGAGGCGCUAUAUCUGGGGCUUGCAUGAACCCUGCCAGAGCUUUUGGGCCAGCGCUGGUAGCAAACUACUGGGACUAUCACUGGGUUUACUGGGUAGGGCCCAUGGUAGCCAGCCUGCUAGCUGGUGCAUUGAUAAGGCUCCUGAUUGGCGAUAGGAAAAUCCGCCUGCUCCUGAAGUGAGCCCUGGAUUGGGACUGCCUGCGGGACACAAUCACUUAUGGCUAGGAAAUCGGCUCUACUUGGCCCUCGGGAGAAACUCUGCUUCACCACACACCAGCGCCUCCGUUCUCACUGUCUGGCCACGUGGAACUGCUCCGGGAUCCCAGCUUUCCAGUCUGGUUUCCCCAGAGAGCAGGUGUUGGCAGGAUGAUCCCACUUGAAGCGACCGAUUCUGUAAAAAACAAACAAACCAAAACCAAACAAGUCGCUUGUAUUGAGAUCAAAGCAAAGGCCUGUCUGGCUGGGUAGGAGCGCUAGGAGCACUGGCCUUGCCUCUCUGUGCUGGGGCAGUGCCUCUUCCUAGUGCACAAACGGCAGCCAGAAGCCAGGGCAGUUGUCCUGGGGAUUAAUAUCCCGUAUGGAGAUAAGCUAAAAUGGGCAGGAGGGUCUGGCGGGAAGUGAUGCAGCAGGGCUGGCCUGGUUUGCACAGCGCUCCCGCUGGCAUGACGGAGUGCGGCUGCAGCACCUCGGUGAUGCCAAUGCGCUUGCUGCUCCAGUCGCUGGGGAAAUUCGCUUCCUUGACUUUUUCUGUUCUGGAGAUGGGCGCGCCCAUCCCUGUGUUCCCCUGGCCCCACCGCGUUCCCGGCGCAGCACACGUGGUGCUUCUGGAGAAAGCACUUUAUCAUUGUGUCCCAUGGCCCCAUCGCCUGGGCUGGAUCUCCAGCAAUCUCUUCUGCUCCCCAGGGCCGGCUGACAUCUCCGCCGGUUGCCAGACGCUGUAGUGAGGAGCCUCCUAAUAAGGUGAAUAAAAGCCGAGU